AAUAGUCUAAAUACCAGGACCGCAGAGAGAGACCAGCUACAGAAUAGUCUAAAUACCAGCACCACAGAAAUAGACAAGUUGAAGAAGAGUCUGAACACUAGAACUAUGGAGCGAGACCAGCUACAGAAGGAGAUAGAAAGGCUGAACUGGGAGAACAAAGGGUCCUGUCCAGAAGGAUGGAGAAGGUUUGGCUGCAGAUGUUACUAUCUCUCUACUGAGAAGAAAUCCUGGGAGGAGAGUAGACAGGACUGUCUGGAGAGAGGAGCAGACCUGGUGAUCAUUAACAGUGAAGAGGAACAGGCAUUCAUCAAUGGGUUUGAAUCAGUCAGUUAUGUCUGGAUUGGUCUGACUGACUCUGUUACUGAGGGGACCUGGAAAUGGGUGGACGGCACCCCACUGACCACCCCAAGCUAUUGGAGGAGUGGAGAGCCUGGUGGUGGUACAUACCAGAACUGUGGGGAAAUCUAUUACAUGUCAUUAGGCCGAAGAGUAUGGAGGGAUUUGGGAUGUUCCUUUUCACAAGAAUGGAUCUGUGAGAAAUAGGCUUCUCCCAGGUCAUUUUUCUGCGCUGCUGUUUAAGGAACUCUCUACUGUAUGUUAAUGAUGGUCUGAAGACUGACUGAUGUUGAUUUGAUAGAAUGGUCCUCUGAACUAAACGUAGGAGAGGAACGAAUACGAACACAUGCACACAUUCAGACACACACACAC